UAUUUUAGUAGAUGUUAUUUAAAGGAUUAACGUAUUUGUACACUGUUUGGUAUUGCCCUGGUCCUUGAUUAAUUAUUUUAACUUUCGAAUUUCUGGUUUAUUUAUUUGCUUUUCUUGAUUAAUGAUGUUGUUAUUGAGCUCGUAAUUCAUUAAGAAUACCAUUUUCUUUUGUGGGUGCAUCGUUGGUUUUUGGUACUCCGAGAGUCUUGAUGAUGAAUUCAUGGGGGCAAGCUUCGUUUUAGAUGUUGGAAAAGAUUAAAGCUUUAAACGAGCUGUUUCCUCCUGGUUUGGCGGAUUAGGAAUUUGGAUUGGAUACGUAGAUUUCUUCGAUCAUAUUUUCUACGUUGAAGCCUGUCUACAUUGUGAAAACCUAGUUCAAGAUUCUGUAUUCAAUGCUGUGGUUGUAUCUGACUAUGUAUAAGUAGAUUGUGAUAUUUUCUUUUGGUUCAUUUAUUAUUUAUCCGGUUGAAAUUGUUUCGGAGGGAAUUAUCUAUGUUCUCCUAAGAAGGAAUGGAACUAAAAUAAAUGAGUCAUCUGGAGAAAAUGGAGAGUUCUGCUUUGGCUGGAGAAUUAGACCUUAACUGCACAGAUGAUGUAGAAGCAAAGGGUAAAAAUCAUGUUUAUGGAGCGUCUUAUACGAUUCAAGGAGAUUUGGACGAGGAAAGUAAUCAGAAAUUCACACCAUCAUCUUCUGAUUUCAGACGGGAGCAUUCAUCAUCCUUGUGUGAUAAAGACCGAUCCAUGACACCUGAAUUUAACAAUGAUGGUAUGAAGAGGGCCAAAUACUAUGAUGAGGAGAGAAGCUCGUCCCUAGUUAAUGGAAAUAAUAACCAAGGUGAGAUGGAUGAGUUGCAAGGCAGUUAUUUUCAUAAAUCUUCCUUUCAAUAUAAGACACAAUCUUUCCGAAGUGAAAAGGAAACUGAAGAUUAUACUCAUUCACAGGAAUCUCCCCUAACAGCAGAUGCCAACCAGGCAGAGGCAACAAAGAGCAAACUUGACUUGGACCCUCGAAAAAAAUUCUCCCGAGAUUGGAAGGUGAAGAAUGAUUGUUCCGAGAAAUCAGAACACGAGCUUACUAAAUCAGUUUGUAAUGAAAUGGAAGAAGCAGCUGAUCACCAAAUGGAAACAUUGGUUUCUCGCCUGAGGUCACCAUCAUGCCAUAGUCCAUCUAAGGAUGAAAACUAUGGCCGCAAAGGAAAUUUAUCGACCAAGAGUAUAAAACUAGACAUGCCCGAUUCUGUUUCACAUACUCAUCAGAAUAGCCCCAGGCUAUCAACAUCACCUGUGGGUAAGCUAGACAUGUCAGCUUCACCUGAGGAUUCUCCAUGCAUGGAUCAAUCUCCAGGUUCCCUUAUCCCAAUGACUUUACAAAAAAAUAUUCCAGAUUUAUCGAAUGCACCCAUCUCACAUGGAAGGAGAAAUGGUUCUUCACCUGAAAGAUCUGCUCCGGCUAAAGAAAUUCCAGUCAAGGACUGUUUAUCCCUGCCUGCUGGAGGCAUAUCUACUUACCCAGGUAAAUCUGAGAGAAAGUCUCGUUAUAAAGAUGAUUCUUCCACAAAACGGAUAUCUCCACCAAGAAGAAACUAUUCACCUCAGGAUCAACGGCGGCGGAAGAGAUCAGCAUCACGAUCUCCCACACGGGGAAGGGAUUUAUCUUCUGGAUACAGGAGAGGUCAUCAUGAUUCAUCUCCUUCAAGAUCCUCACAUAUGAGAGAUUAUAACAGAUCCUCUAGGAGAAGGCUUUCUCCUAGGAGAAGAUCUCCUCUGGGACAUCACUCUCAUCAUCACUCACCGAGGCGAAGACCAUGGUCACCUCCUCCGAACAGGAGAACCGGCAUAGGAAAACCUGGCAAAAAUUUAUUCAUUGCAGGUUUUAGUUUUCUGACAACAGAAAGAGAUCUGGAGAGGAAGUUUUCAAGGUUUGGCCGUGUAAGAGAUGUCCGCAUUGUUCGUGAUAAGAGGUCGGGGGAUUCACGAGGAUUCGGAUUUUUAACCCUGGAAAGAGACGAAGAUGCAGAUGCUGCAAUCCGAGCACUUGACGAGACUGAGUGGAACGGCCGGAUUAUCCUUGUGGAGAAGACGAAGUCUAUGGGGCGCUGAGCCAUUUACUGUUCAACUUUCUCUCGUUAAAACUUGUUUGCUCAGUUGAAACUUCACAGAAUCUGACUCAAUCAACAGCUUAUACUUUUUUUUGCAUUGAGAACACAAGCUUAUACUUUUUCAAGUGAUGAUAUUUUCUGCAUGUAUCUAUUUUUAUUAAACAUUAAA